CCUCCGUUAUUAAGUGACUUUAUCCAGGGUCUUUUCUCCUUGUUAUGUUUGGAAAAACUUCUUUUUGGAAGCACUUUAGAAGAUUAUAACAUCCUGCAGCUCAGCUUCUGAGAGCUAGCCUGAUUUCUCUUUCUACUCAAAACACAUAUUGCUUCCUGCAUUUCAAGAUCUCAAGAUCUGGACUACAUCGGAGAAAUUUUCAGGGAGAGAUGGCCAAAGAAUGCUGGAAGAUUAUUCUGAUUAAAGGACUAGAAGAAAUCAAUGAUGACCAGUUUAAAAUGGUCAAGUUCUUACUGACAGAUCCAUUAAAACUGACUUCAAAAAUGCAAGAUGAAUAUGGCAAAGUUCAAUUUGCUAACCUGAUGGUAAAGAAGUUCCCGGAAGAUGCUGGUGUAGACAAACUGAUAAAACUCUGCAAAGAAAUAGCAUCACUUCAAGCCUUUGUUGAAAUUCUUAAAAGAGAAAAGGCAAAAGUUAUGAAAAGGAGAUCCACACCAGCAAAAGGAAAACCCCCCUCCAAAAAGAACAAGCAGGACGAAGACAGUCCUGCUGUACCUGCACCCAGCACAAGCUACACUGUCAAGUCUGAGGGAGCAGAGGUGACUCCUGGACCUCAGAAAAGAAAAACUACAGGCAAAGGAAAGGAUAAGACCAGAAAGAGUAAGGUGUCAGAAGAGCAGCCUCAGCCAUCCUGUCUUCCAGGAGCCAGUAUGCCCACAGCCAUUGGCCAUCUCUCACCUCCCCCGACCUCAGCAGAUCCAUCCAAAAUGUCCUCAACUAAGAAGCCAAAACCACAGGCCAAAGAUCCAGCAGCCGCCAAACCAAAUUAUCUCCAGAAAGGCCCAAUGACAGUGAUGGUACUGAGUGCAGCAGAUCCAUUUGAAUAUGAGUCCUCAGAAAAGGAGAAAAAAAAAAUGUUUCAUGCUAUAGUGGCUACAGAAAACAAGCUCUUUCAUAUGAAGGUUUUAAACAUCAAGUUAAAGAAAAACUUCACCAGAAAUAAAAUCCUUACUAUAUCAGAUUAUUUGGAAUAUAAACGUCUCCUAGAGGUAAAUGAAGCCUCUUCUGUAUCUGAAGCUGGUCCUGACCAAAAGAUUGAGGUUCCAAAAAACAUUAUAAGCAGAGCAAAAGAAACCCUGAAGAUUGAUGUUCUUCAAACACAAGCUGCGGGAACUAUCGUAUAUGGAUUAUUUAUGCUAUGUAAGAAAACAUUAAAUAAGGACAACACAAUCUAUGAGAUUAAGGAUGACACAGGAAGUAUGAAAGUAGUGGGGAAAGGAAAAUGUCACAAUAUCCCCUGUGAAGAAGGAGAUAAACUUCAGCUCUUUUGCUUUCAACUGAGAAAAAAGAAUGAGACAUCAAAACUGAUUUCUGAAAUGCAUAGUUUCAUUCAGGUAAAGAAAAAACCAAACCAGAGGAACAAUGUUGCCACUACCGUGAGUGGACCUGAGGAGUGUAGUGAGAUUCUAAAGCAUCCUGAGGGCUGCACAACCCCAAUUCAGAGACAUCUCAUGACUUCUCUGAUGCCUCCAGCCUCAACCAGCAGUUUGUUCAUUAAGGGGGAAGAAGCUGCCUCAGGAACAGAGAUAUCCUCUGCAGUCUCCAGAGCUGGUGCACUACCUGUGGGCAAUCCUCACAUUUAUGGGACAUAUCAACACACCCCGUCUAGCCUUUGCCAGAUGUCAAGCCCAAGGGCUGUGUCUGAAGAAGCUGUCACAGAAGGUCACCACAGUGGACCCAUAGAAGUGAUGGUGCUGAAAGCGACAGAACCGUUUGUAUAUGAAGUCAAGGAGGAGAGAAAGAUGUUUCAUGCCACGGUGGCUACUGAGAGGAAAGUUUUCCAAGUAAAGGUUUUUAACAUCAACUUAAAGGAGAUGUUCACUCCAAAGAAUAUCAUUGCCAUAUCAAAUUAUAUUGGCCGAAAUGGGUUUCUGGAGGUAUACACUUUCAAUACCUCCGUGUUGAAGAUGGAUGCUGAUAAAAAGAUGGAGAUCCCAAGAAGCCUGAUUAACCAAGCUGGUAGAACUCCCAAAAUCAGUCACCUUCACUCACAAACUGAAGGGAAGUUUGUGAAUGGGGUGUUCCUCGUACAUAGGAAAUGUGUGAUGGAUAAAUUCACUUAUUAUGAAAUAAAAGAUAACACAGGGCAGAUGGAAGUAGUGGUAUAUGGACGACUGACCAGUAUCAACUGUGAGGAAGGUGAUAAACUGAAGCUCAUCUGUUUUGAAUUGGCAUCUGGAUGUAUGGAUAAGCGUCAGUUGAGAUCUGUAAUUCACAGUUACAUGAAGGUCAUCAAGACCAGGAAAAUCAAUAAAGAAAUACAUGGUCCUGAUUCAGACUUGGAAACUUCACUAGACAGCUUCUUCUAAAACCUGGAUGCUGUGGAUAAUGAUGUUUAUGGAGAUAAUUUCUAAGUGCAAGAAAAGAUAAAUGUACCUGGGUGAAAUACAACACUGUAUAUGCCAUUUUAUAUAUAUACAUAUGUGUGUAUACAUACAUAUAUUCUUGGGUAUGAGUGUUAGGGGUGCUUUUAUAAGUUUUAUUAUUUUUUAAAAGUCUAUUUUGCAACUAUAAGCCUUAUAAUUUGAAGAAAGAAAUAAACAUCUUCACAUUUUCUAAUG